AUGGUUGUUGCCGGUCUUGGUGUUGUAGGUGCUAUUUUGAAACACGGUCUUCUCCCUUUAGCUUGUGGUUGUGUGGGAUUAUGGCAAUGGGUUGUCUUGUAUCUUGGUUUCUAUUCUUCGUUGUGCUGCUUAUUGCUUACCAAUCUGUCUGUUCUGCUUCCUCCUGAUUGUGGUUCAUCCGGUCAAGCUGCUUCGUUCCUUGUUUCUACAUCUCAGACCAGUUUCGGGGUCUGCAUUUUCUUUGGACUCUUUAGUGGUGUGGUUCUCUGUUUGUUCUCUCCCGUCCUCUUUGGUUUGUUUAUCGAAGUGAGUGUCCUUGAGCUUAGUUUGUUGAGGUACCUUUGA